AUGUUUCCUCAGGUUUUCAAAGGUGCUCAAUUGCUUGAAGGAGAGGAAGGUCAGGCUGGAAAUAUCAAGUCCUUCGAUUAUGUACUCGGCAAGGCAAUGCAUGUGAAGGCAAAGACUGAAGCAAUAAACGACGAAGAGCGAUCGAUAAGCCUUUCAGCCCUCGAAGGAGAUGUUCUGAAGCUGUACAAGAGUUUCUCGGCCAAAAUUAGUGUGGGCGAUGGGCAUGAUCUUAUAAACCUGUUCAGUGUCCACAGAGAUCGGCAUUCUGACGUGGCGGACAAGACUCCAACCUCCGAGAACACGAUGGCUGCCAUCGCGGUUGACUUUCUGAUUCAGACAGCUCGGCACCUUGUGUCGACUUGCUGCCCGGUUUGGACCGCAAGGUCAUCUUCUCCCGGCUUCUCGCUGCCGAACCAUAAACCCCAGGUCAGGUUGAUCCAGAUGUCAACAAUUAAGUAG